AUUCCCCCUUUCACAGCCUCUUCCCGUCGUUCUCCUUCUUUCCACCAACCCUCAGCCCCGUCAUCGGAAUUCAGCAAUCCACUUGGUAAUAUUGGUUUUUCACCCGGAAAAAGUUAAAUUAUUUUCUGCCUUAGAUAGUUUGCCUUUACAUUCACGUUCCUCCAGCUUACAUACCCUUCUCGUUUCCCUCCUACGCCUUCUGCAAUGGCAAAUGUGAACUUCGUUUUGCUUAAAGCUUUAGAUAUUGAGUCAUUAAAGUAUUUGAUUUGUUGCAUGCCACAUGUAUGAUAUUACUCCUGAACGAAAGAAUUAAGCUAUUCAUCAAUUUCAGUCCUUUUUUUCUGGGUUUUGCAAUACAAUUGUGUGGGCAUGGCUUUCUCUGUUGGCAAGCUGCUUCCUUUUCCGGGCAUCGUGUUCUUACAAAACCAGAAAAAUCUACUCUGGGGCAUCCCUGUUUGGCGAAUUCCCUCGUCUGUUAAAUGUUCAAAAACCCAGGAUGAUGGUCCAUUGUUGACAUCAAGAAAUGUGGGAGAGGUGGAUUUUGAAAGCAGGGAAGAACAGAAGCGGAGGUAUAGAUGGGUUAAAAUAGGUGGUGAUAUUAGGGAAGAUCAGAAACUAGCAAUCUCUGAGCUCCCAUUUAGAAUGUCCAACAGAUGUAAGGCUGUAAUGGAACAGAUAAUAUGCUAUGAACCUGAAAAUGGAAGUCUCUCCGAGUUGGUGGCAUAUUGGGUGAAGAGUAUGAAACCCAGGAGAGCAGACUGGCUUUCGGUUCUUAAAGAACUGAGACUAAUGGAUCAUCCAUUGUACCUGGAGUUGGCUGAACUUGCUCUCCUAGAAGAAUCUUUUGAAGCGUCUGAGCGUGAUUAUACCAAACUGAUGAGUUGCUAUGCUAAGCAAAAUAGGGUGCCAGAAGCUGAAGAAAUUUACUUUGCCAUGAAGAUGAAAGGUUUUAUUUGUGAUCAGGUUACCUUGACAGCUUUAGUUCAUAUGUAUAGCAAGGCUGGAAAGCUUGAUUUGGCAGAAGAAACAUUUGAGGAGAUGAGGCUGCUUGGUGUACCCUUGGACAGGAGGUCAUAUGGCUCCAUGGUCAUGGCCUAUGUAAGGGCUGGGAUGCUUAACCAGGGAGAGAGUUUGCUGAAGGAAAUGGCUGCUGAAGAAAACUAUGCAGGAAGAGAAGUUUAUAAGGCUCUGCUGAGGGCAUAUUCAAUGACUGGUGAUAGCAAAGGAGCACAAAGGAUUUUUGACGCAAUCCAAGUGGCUGGAAUCAUUCCUGAUGCAAAAAUGUGUGCACUUCUCAUAAAUGCCUUUGUUGAGGCAGGUCAAAGCACUGAGGCUUACUUGGCUUUUGAAAAUUUGAGGAAAUCUGGUCUUCAACCAAAUGAUAAAUGUGUUUCUUUACUGUUAGCUGUUUAUGAAAAGGAUAACAAGUUGAAUAAGGCACUGGACUUUCUGCUAGACCUUGAGAGGGAUGGAUUUCAGCUAGGAAAAGAAGCUUCAGAAAUAUUGGCUAAAUGGUUCCGAAGACUAGGGGUGGUGGAGGAGAUAGAACUUGUAUUGAGAGAUCAUGGUUUACAGACGGCUCAAUAAGGAUAAUGUUUCAUAUCAUCCCUUGCCCAAAGUCGAGCCUUCAAUAUGAGUACUUACUAAUUACCAGAGCACAUUUUUGCAGGUAAGAAUUGAUGUUCAACCUCCAGUAGCAAACUGCUUGCUCUCUCUCGUGUUAAAUUCAGAUGAGAUAUGUCUAUCCUUUUUAAUGGCAGUUGGAAUUGUUUUAUGUUCUUGAUACAUACUCUUUUUCUUUAUUUUCCUUCUAAUUGAGGUCUAAUUUUUGGUUUUGUUCCAGACUGCUGAGACCCUAUAAAUUCCCAGGAGAAGCCAUUGAUGCAGAUUACAGUGUUUUGCUCAUGCACAUUGACAUCAAGCUGCCCUGCUAUGUCACUGGUUCUGGAUGUUCUACCAAUCCAACUAGCUAAAGCCAAAUGAUCUUCUAGAACAAAUGUUUUGGCUUCGGACAUUUCUUGAAGUUAAUAUGACUAGAUAAGUCUAACUUCAAAUUUGCAAGACUUAUAGUAUUUUGGAUUGGAUCAGUAAUUCAUUCUUGGUGCUAUAGAGCUGGGACAUGGGAAAACUUAUUGGCAGGAAUCAGGCAGCUCUGAUCAGAGUUUAUCUGUACAAAAACUGGCCGAACUACGUAAGUUCUUUAUAUAUGUAUACGUAGGAAGCUAGAAGCUUGGUACAAACCCUCUAGGAAUGGGAUGAAAGCGUCCUAUCUGUUUGUAGAUCAUCAAUGAUUGCGGCGGGAGGGGUGGACAAAAUAUGUCUCCCAUAGGGGCAGGAGAACCCUAAUUUUGCUGGCCCAUCCGCUACCUCAUUCUGAUUUCUACUGUUGUGGACAAUAGCGACUUGCCAUCGGAGGUUUAGUAAACCUCUAAUCCUACAAAAUACGUUGCUAUUUACACAUUAUGUUCCUUCAACAGACAAAAGAUGGAAUGCCUCUAGGCUAUCCAUUUCUAAUAUAAGGUUCCUAAAACCAAGCUCCCCAGGCAAGUUGAAGACUGAAAUAGGCACCCAAAUAGUUCCGACUCUAGAAUACUGCAGUACCCUAAGUUGGCUGUAAAGCCAAUUAUCCAAGUCCCACUGUUGUCGCGCAGCAAACCCCCCAGCAGCCGCUUUCUUCUUUGCGACCGAUAUAGCUGCGUCGGUAUUAAUUUUGAUGACAUUUCGCGGUGGUGGCCUCCAAGGAUGGUUCGAUCACAGCUUUGGGCAAAAAUACGGUGUGAUCUCCUUAACAAGUGCUUUGAUGCUACACUUGAAGAAGGAUCGGUCUGAGAUUACUUCAUCACCAAAGAUUUCCUGGUUUCUUGUAUUCCAUAGCUUCCAGCACGUGACUCCAAAGUAAACCACGUCGCCCAUGCCAUGCAUGAUUUUCCUGCAAAAAGAAAGAACUCAAAUUAGAUUGUAUCCAAGUUUUCCAGUCUGUAGCUAACCAAAAAUCAGCUCCCAGUUUGGAAUUGCAGCUGCGCCAAAUCUCCCUGCUUCUGAGGCAGUCAGUCUCUGUAAAAUGGGUUUGGAUUUGGGCCCAAUUUAAGGGAUGCUUCAAGUCCCAAUUUUUA